AUGCCAGUUCUGAAGAGUAGAGAGGAGAUCUGGGCUGGCAAUGUACAAGGGCUGGGUGUGUGUGUGUUUCAGGUACUGCAUUUACACUCCUCCACGAUGCUUGUCAGCCUCCUCUCCCCCUCCCCACUCCAGGACAGGCGCAUCACCUCCUCCUUCCCACCUCCUCCUCCCGAACACACCUCUUCCCCUCAUCAGCACCCUCGGCUGGCCCUUCCCUCCCUCUCCCUCCCUCUCUCCCUCUCUCUCCUCCUCCUCUCCCUAUUCCUUCUGCCCAUCUGCGAGUCGGCGCGGUCGCCUGGGAGGGGCGGAGCUGGCCAGGGCGGAGGAGCACCAGGAGGAGGCCAGAGGGGCACAAAUCUCAUCCCCUCUCACUACCCCCCUUACUACCCCCCAGUAUCCCCCGCCCGGCCCCCUGCACACCCCUUACCUCCCAAAGUGGCCUCCUCUCUCAGCAUCGCCGUCAUCCUGGUGGGCAACUCUAGCGAGGUGUCGUCCACCUACGUGGAGAAAGAGGAGUUCCUCCAUGUCCCCCACCCUACCAAAGUCCAACUGGAGACCAUGAACGACACGGACCCCAAGAGUAUCAUCAACCGCAUCUGUACCCUGAUGACCAACACCUGGCUGCAGGGGGUGGUGUUUGGGGACGACACGGACCAGGAGGCCAUCGCCCAGAUCCUGGACUUCAUCUCUGCCCAGACACACAUCCCCAUCCUGGGCAUCCGCGGAGGCUCCUCCAUGGUUAUGGCUGCCAAGGACGACCACUCCAUGUUCUUCCAGUUUGGCCCGUCCAUAGAGCAGCAGGCCUCCAUCAUGCUGAAGAUCAUGGAGGAAUACGACUGGUACAUCUUCUCCAUCGUCACCACCUACUACCCCGGAUACCAGGACUUUGUCAACAAAAUCCGGAGCACCAUAGAGAACAGUUUUGUGGGCUGGGAGCUAGAAGAAGUCCUCCUGUUGGACAUGUCUGUGGAUGACGGAGACGCUAAGAUCCAGAACCAGAUGAAGAAGCUGCAGAGCCCUGUCUACCUGCUCUACUGCACCAAGGAGGAGGCCUACACCAUCUUUGAGGUGGCAAACUCUGUGGGACUGACGGGAUACGGGUACACCUGGAUCGUACCGUCGCUAGUGGCCGGCGACGCCGAUAAUGUCCCCGCUGUGUUUCCCACAGGGCUAAUUUCGGUGUCGUAUGACGAAUGGGACUACAGUUUGGAAGCUCGGGUGCGGGAUGCAGUGGCUGUCAUCGCCAUGGCGACCUCCACCAUGAUGCUGGACCGGGGGCAACACACGCUGCUUAAGUCAGGCUGCAACGAGACCCCUAACAAGAAGGGCUCCAAACAAGGCAACUCCAAUGAAGUGCUCAAGUAUCUGAUGAACGUGACGUUCGAGGGACGUAACCUGUCGUUCAGUGAGGAUGGAUACCAGAUGCAUCCCAAACUGGUCAUCACCCUGCUAGACAAGCAGAGACGCUGGGACAAGGUGGGUAAGUGGGAGAACAGCUCCCUGUCCAUGAAGUACCACGUGUGGCCCAGGUUCGAGCUGUUCUCCGAUGGGGAGGCCCGGGAGGACGACCACCUGUCCAUCGUGACGCUGGAGGAGGCUCCCUUUGUCAUCGUGGAGGACGUGGACCCCCUCAGUGGCACCUGCAUGAGGAACACCGUGCCGUGCAGGAAACAGCUUAAAAUACUCAACCAGACGGUACCUGGCCAGUACACCAAGCGCUGCUGUAAAGGUUUCUGCAUCGACAUCCUGAAGAAGAUCGCCAAGCAGGUCAAGUUCACCUAUGACCUCUACCUGGUCACCAACGGAAAGCACGGCAAGAAGAUCAACGGCACCUGGAAUGGAAUGGUCGGGGAGGUGGAGCAGAAGAAGGCCCACAUGGCCGUGGGGUCGCUCACCAUCAACGCGGAGAGGUCUGAGGUCAUUGACUUCUCCGUGCCCUUCAUCGAGACGGGGAUUAGUGUCCUGGUCUCCCGUAGCAACGGCACUGUCUCCCCCUCCGCCUUCCUUGAGCCGUUCAGUGCGGACGUGUGGGUGAUGAUGUUUGUGAUGCUGCUGCUCGUGUCGGCGAUUGCUGUGUUUGUGUUUGAGUACUUCAGCCCGGUCGGCUACAACCGCUGCCUGGCAGACGGACGAGAGCCCGGUGGCCCCUCCUUCACCAUCGGCAAGGCCAUCUGGCUGCUGUGGGGCCUGGUUUUCAACAACUCUGUCCCCGUCCAGAACCCUAAAGGCACCACCAGUAAGAUCAUGGUGUCGGUGUGGGCCUUCUUCGCUGUCAUCUUCCUGGCCUCCUACACAGCCAACCUGGCUGCCUUCAUGAUCCAGGAGGAGUAUGUGGAUCAGGUGUCGGGCCUCAGCGACAAUAAGUUCCAAAAACCCAACGCCUUCUCCCCGCCAUUCCGUUUCGGAACGGUGCCCAACGGAAGCACGGAACGGAACAUCCGCAACAAUUACCCGGAGAUGCACCAGUAUAUGACCAGCUUCCACCAGAAGAACGUGGACGAGGCCCUGGCAAGCCUCAAGGGAGGUAAAUUGGAUGCCUUCAUCUACGAUGCUGCUGUGUUGAACUACAUGGCCGGGAGGGACGAGGGCUGUAAACUGGUGACCAUCGGCAGCGGGAAGGUGUUCGCCACCACCGGUUACGGCAUCGCCAUCCAGAAGGACUCUGGCUGGAAGAGAGCAGUGGACCUGGCCAUCCUCAUGCUGUUCGGCGAUGGAGAGAUGGAGGAGCUGGAGGCUCUGUGGCUGACGGGGAUCUGCCACAAUGAGAAGAACGAGGUGAUGAGCAGCCAGCUGGACGUGGACAACAUGGCAGGCGUCUUCUACAUGCUGGGGGCGGCCAUGGCUCUGUCGCUCAUCACAUUCAUUGCCGAGCACGCCUUCUACUGGCAACUGCGCUUCUGCUUCAUGGGCUACUGCACCGGCAAGCCAGGCUUUACCUUCUCCAUCAGCAGGGGCAUCUGGAGUUGUAUCCACGGGGUCCAGAUCGAGGAGAACAAGUCGGCCAUGGACUCUCCAUCGGCCACCAUGAACAUGAACAUGAACAACACCCACUCCAACAUCCUGCGACUGCUCCGCACAGCCAAGGACAUGACCGCCAUCCCGGGGGUCAACGGCUCGCCGCACAUGCACGGCGCCCUGGACUACGGUGGCCACCACCGUGGCGGCGGCGAGUCGCCCAGCAUCUAUGACAUCUCCGAGCACCGGCGCAGCUUACAAGAGCGCAAGGCCCCGCCGCCGCCCUACCUGCCCGAGGACAACAUGUUCAGCGACUACAUCAGCGAGGUGGAGAGGACUUUUGGCAACUUGCCCCUGAAGGACAACAACCUGUACCAGGACCAUUACCUGCACCACCACUCAGGCCCGGGACCCGGGCUGGCUCUGGGUAUGUCCGGCCCCCCGCCUAACAGGCCGAGUAGCUUAGGCAGUACCAGUUCAUUGGAGGGAGGGAUGUUUGAUUGUGACAGUUUAGGGGGAGGGGUAGCGCCCAUAUUCACCACACAGCCCCGCGUUGCCUCCCUGACUCACAGGAACACCAAUAAGUUUGACCUGAUCGCCGGCCACACCUCGGCCUCAGGCUCCGGUCAGCAGGGGGGUCAGUUCAAGUCGAACGACCUCUACGGGAGGUUCUCCUUCAAAGGCGGGGCAUCCAGUUCUGGGUUUAUCGACAGGGGCGGUCACGACAGGUACUGCAUGGGUGGAGGAGGAGGGGGUGGCGGGGGCUCGGGGGGCGAUGAUGUGUCGGAUAUCUCCUCACACACCAUCACCUACGGCAAUCUGGAGGGCAACGCCAAGAGGCGUAAACAGUACAGGGACAGUUUGAAAAAGAGGCCCCACUCAGCCAAAUCCAGGCGGGAGCAGGACGAGAUUGAUUACCGGAGGCGAGCCCAACACCAUCACACCGUCCACCACCACUUCUCCCGCGGGCCUCUGGGACACCGCUCGGCCUCCCCACCCCUGGUCCCCUCUGAGCGGAAGAGAGGAGGAGGUGGAGGAGGUGGAGGAGGAGGGGGUAACUCUUCACCUUACUUAUUCCGCGACAAAGAAAAUCUGAGGGAGUACUAUGCAGAGCAGUUCCAUUCCAAGGAGGGCUCUGCCCAGUGGGAGCAUGUGGAUAUGUCCGACGGGCCUUGUCCGAUGGGCGGUAGGGGAGGAGGAGUCGGUGGCGGUAGUAGUGGUAGUGGCAUUUGUAAGAGCUUAGUGCCCGUGGAGGAUUUCCUGAAAGGUAACAAACCCAAGAAGUCAGAGGGUAAAAGUGGCGUAGUCGGAGGAAUGGGCUUGGGGUCGUCAGGGCAACAGGCCCACACGUGUUGGGAGAAGAACAUGUCUGAAGUGGGAGGUGGAGGCAUAGCAGGGGGUGACUGGGAGUGUCGGAAUCACAGUGGUGGUGGCGGGGGAGGAGGAGGGAAGUCCAUCUCUCACCAUGGAGGAGGGGGGACCUGUACGCAUGGGGGCGCUAGUGGCGGAGGGGGAGGAGGGGGUGGGGGCCCUAGUGGCGGAGGGGGAAAUAGUCGUCCAAGCUCUGCUACUUGCAAACGGUGCGAGUCGUGUAAGAAACCAGGCAACCUGUAUGACAUCAGUGAAGAUAACCUCAUAUUUAGCCAGAUGGGGGGUGGAAGGGGGAAGAGUGGUGAUGCGGGGGGUGCUGGCCAAUCACAAAGUCAUGCACAGCGCAGGAAGCUAGGGCCAGGUGGGCGGGUGUUACGGAGGCAACACUCCUACGACACGUUUGUAGAUUUGCAGAAGGGGGGGGGCGGCGGACGCAUGGGCGGGGGAGGAGGAGGAGGUGGGGGAGGAGGGGGAGGGGGGCAGCUCCUCCCGCCCAGAAGCGUGAGCUUGAAAGACAAAGACCGCUACAUGGAGGGCGUUAGCCCAUACGCCCAAAUGUUUGCCCAGUACGCGGAGAGGGACAGAGAUAGUCCCUCCUUUUUCAGUCGGGGUGGUAGUGAGCGGGAGAGGGCGAAAGGAGGCUCCUCCUUCAGUUUGUUCCGAGGCGAACGAGGCGAAGGUGGGUUGCACCGUCGGUCGGUGGGGGAGAAAGACAUGAGGGACAGAGAUAGAAGAAUGAUGGGAGGUGGAGGUGGUGGGGGCGGUAGUGGCAAAGGGGCCGGGACUUACUCCUUGUCUAAAUCUCUCUACCCAGAUAAGGUGACCCAGAACCCCUUCAUCCCAACCUUCGGCGACGACCAGUGUCUAUUACAUGGCGGCAAACCGUACUACGUCAAAAUGUCUCCACAGCAACAGCAACAACCGCCACAGCAUCUCCUCAACAACAGCCGCGGGGACUUCCGAGGCUCCAUGGGGGUGCCUUCAUAUUUGCCGGCAUCAGCCACGACGGGGGUCAUGUCCAACGUGACCCCCAGGUUCCCCAAUGAUCUGUGUCUCGGGGGAGGGUUGGGGGGGCCCAUGGGGAACCACCAUGGCCCCAGACUGGGAGGCAACAAGCUACUGCCGGUCAGGGACGGGGGGUUAGGGUUGGUGGGGCAGGGCGGACAGAGACCCUUCAACGGCUCGAGCAACGGCCACGUUUACGAGAAGCUCUCCAGCAUCGAGUCUGACGUCUGA